GAGAGAGAGAGAGAGAGAGCUUGAUUGUGCAUGACUGAGUUUGUGGCAUUGAGUGUCUGUCCUUUAAGGAGUGAUGUUUGUAUGUUGUCGGUGAGUAUUUGCAUUUGAGUGUGUGUUCUGCUGGGAUUUCUUUCCUUCAAAUCACCCUGAUGUUCAAUGCCAUGAGCCAUCCUUCUAUGAUCCUCCUGUGCCUGCCGAGUGCCCGACCCUGGGGUUAACCCUCUAAACUUGGGCCAGGAUGAGUGAGACUUCUGGAGCUGUGACCACCUCAGGGGUGGUGAUCCUGGAGGAACCUGAGGUUGGUGGGGCUUCUGGGGGACGUCAAGGUGGAGAGCGUGCUGGAGCUUUUAGAUGCGCCUUUUGGCCGAGACAGCAGACUUGGCUGUGUGUCGUUCCCCUUCUGAUUGGUUUUGUGGGUCUUGGCCUUAGCCUCAUGCUGCUCAAAUGGAUUGUUGUGGGAUCUGUGCAGGACUAUGUACCAACAGACCUUGUGGAUGCUAAGGGUAUUGGCCAAGAUCCCAUUUUUCUAUCCAAGCCCAGCACUUUUCCUAAGGGCCCAGACAGCACCACUUCAUCCACCACUACCACCAUUGUAUCCUCAACCAUCUCCACUAUAACCACAGCAGUAAGGGGCAAAACCCGAACAGCAUCACCUCCAAAUGUCAACCCAAGAGAUGGCGGUUCGUCUGGCAGCCAAGUGACCCAGAAGACUACCACCACCACUACAGCCUCUGGCACUGCCUCCCUUGGCCGAACCUCCACCUCCAGCCCAUCUACAUCCAAGCCAACCGUCCUCAAUGACUCAACCCGUGAGCACUCAACAACAGAGAGGCCGGUCAACACUCCAGCUCGGACCCAUGUCAGCCGCAAGACACCGGCCCCGACCCUCCCGCCCUUGAAAUCGGAGCACUUCAAACCAUGUCAGGAGAAGGACUUGGCUUAUUGCCUCAACGAUGGCGAGUGUUUUGUCAUCGAGACCCUAAGUGGCCCUCACAAGCACUGCAGGUGUAAAGAAGGCUUCCAGGGCAUCCGCUGUGACCAGUUCCUUCCAAAAACAGACUCCAUUCUGUCUGAUCCGACAGAUCAUUUGGGCAUCGAGUUCAUGGAGAGUGAAGAGGUUUACAAGAGGCAAGUGCUGUCAAUCACAUGCAUUGCCAUGGGGAUCAGCUUUCUGGGCACACUCUGCAUGGCUCUGUACUGCCGGAACAAGAGACGCAGGGAAAAGCUCCAGGCGCAUCUGAAAGAAAGCCGAGGCCUGAAAAACUACAGUGUCAGCCAACCGUGCAAAGCUCACCCCGGCCUCCAGCUGCACAGUUAUUGCAAAAGCACAAGAUCUCCGCUACACGGAAGCACCGUCCACCAAUCCGGUUUUCCCCAGAGUUCUGCGAUGGCUUCUUCUUACACCAGGGGUUUGACAACAACCCGAAAUCACAGGAGCAGCUCAGUCACAUGCAACACUGAUCAAAAGAACCGGUCAACGCUUCGCCUGUCAGCACGCAGGACUCCACCCAUAACCGGAGGAAGACUCAAUCCCAUUGUAGGCUCCAAGGAUUCUGGACCCGCCUACCAGCACCUGCAGGAAACGGAAGGACCUGAGAGGGACGUAACAACGGCAAGAGUGAAUAUGAUAAAGCCUGAUUACACCCCGCACCGGAAUAUUUUCCAAGGUAUGGCACUGUCUCAACCGUGCAUGACCCCUAGGAACCUUUGCUCCAGCCCGCCAGGAAAGAGAUCCCUUGCGCCGUAUCGGAUCCCAAUCAUCCCUUCCGUCCACUCUCAUCAAGACGAGACCUCGUGUAUGCAGACGACUUCUGCAGAUGCAAUAGCCCAGAGAGAACCACCACGUCAAGGGGGUACAGGGGUUAGAGCAGACAACCCAUUAGCCAACGCUGUCUGUGACCGAGCAGGUGAAAAGUGGAAGGAAGGCACCCGUGUACCAGAGGAGGCUCGAGGAAAGCUCAAAGUUAACACCAACUUAAAGCAGGAUGACGAUGACGUUUUUCCCAAUCCUCACCCAGCGAAAGAGACAGUUUGUAUUCUUCUUGCGAAUGGAACUGGAUAUGGAGGCCCGGCUCCUAGUGGACCAACAGAAACUCAGUUAUUGAAUCCCAGAGACAUGCACAAGGACUCCGCCCAGCUCAGACAAUGAGGAGUUCCACAUAUGUCUUGUAUGUUGAGAACUUGGCUGCAGUGUUAUGUCAAAAUCAGUGAAUGGAAGCCUAUGGGAUAGUAACACUCUGAAGGCUUGACAUAGUAUUUCUUUUUUUUUUUUUUCUUUUUUUAACAGAGUGACAGUCUAUAAACUCAACGAAGAAAACAAAAGAUAAAUUAUUUAUAUGCAUUUAU